AUGGAUAAGGAUUUCGUAUUCUUUAUCAGUUCCAUGUCUCAUGUUAAAUCUCUUUGGGUUAUUUGUGAUUUUCAAGAAAUCCCCAAUGGAAAUGAGAACUGUUUCUUAUUGUAUUGCGUAUUGGGUGGUGAGUUGUAUUGGGAAAUGAGAACUGUUUCUUAUUGUAUUGCGUAUUGGGUGGCAAUCGCUUCUCUCUUUGAUCUUUUCAUCAAGUUAAUUGGUGGCUCCUACUAUGAUUACUUUGAUGACCACGUUGUCGCUCGUUUCAAUGGAAUCAUGACUUUCUUGGAAAUCGAUCUUCGCAUCCAAAUGGUCGAUAAGAAUUUU